AUGCCACUUCUAAACAGAAAAGCAUUUCGUACGGACCCACCGCCCUCGGAUUUGAAAGACGACGAGGAAUUAUUCGUCUGCAGGCAGACGAACGAAGUCUAUCGCACCUACGAGUGAGUAUAUUUUUGUUGUGAUUUAAAACACAUUUUGUACACCCAUGUAUGCCCGUGUGCACCCUCGUGCUUCGAGAUUGAGCAAUGGCUUUUCGUCUUUACGCGUAUAGGGCCUUCUUCAAACGGACAAUCCUUUGCAAUAGUUUGGUUUGGAGCUGUGAAAUUACAUUAAAAGACGGCCUCACGUACGAAGAGGCCGCCGACUCGGAGCAAGAUGCGAGAGAAAAGGUUGAUCGAGUACCACAACCCAUCAAACAAGGUGUCCUCACUCUAGUUCAUUACACUCGACAUAGCCGGUUGGAUAAUUUAUGCGACGAUGUUUUCAACUAUAUCCGAGAUCGCUACCAAGAAGGCGAAGAAAUUGAAGUGAAACAUAAAGGAGAGAAGUAUGUUUGCAAUAAUAACCAUGUAUACUAUUGACCACAUUUUCUGGGACUUGUUUAUAGAAUGUGGGGGUUUUGGGGCAAGUUGGAGAGAGAUGGUUCAAAUGUGAUUUCCCAGAUAGGAUUCCAAAAUGGCGGUGUGUGAUUGAUAUAUUUGACGUUUAUAACGUGUUUGCAAAGUUUUUCUAAAAGAAAAUGAUUUUAUUGUAUUUUUUUUCUAUGUUGGGUUGGGAGGGGCUGACCCAAUUCUAAUUCCUAAUUUUGUUGUUUUUUACUUUUUACUUCUUUCUCUCGAAAUGCAUCUUUUGGUGGCGGCCAUGUUGUAUGCCUUGAACAGAAUGCAAAAUGGCUGCCAUUACUUGAAUUGAAUAAUUUUUCAUUGUUGAUAACAUGCCGUUGAAGAAUGUAAUUUUGAACGCAAGCCAAAAAUAACGAUUGUUAAUUAUCGUGAUGUACAUUUUGAUUGAAAAUGCACAUUUUUGUUAGUUUUUCUUUCAUGUAUGGAAAUUUUGAACAAAACAUAUGCAUAUUUAUUGUCGAUUUCAAGUCACUUUUCAACGCGCGGUUUCCAUCCCAACUUUGUUGCGAACUUGCCAAUUUACGUUUCCAAGUUCGGAAAUUGGACACUGAAGCUUUGCAACAAAGUUUGCAACUUCAUUUCGAUUUUUGAACUUCGUUUGUAAACAAAUGUUCAUACUCAAUAAUAAUAACCAAUUCAAUGAAAUACAAACCUUCUUGGUAGCCCACUGAAUCAAGAACUUUCCAUUGAAUUGUUAAUUUCAACUUGAACUAUGAACAUUUGUUUACAUUAUAGUUCAAACGUUGAAAUGUACUUGCGAACUUUGUUGCGAUGUACAUGCCCAAUUUUUGAACGUGGAAAUUACGUAAUUAGCAAGUUUGCAACUAACUUGGGAACCGCAUGUUCAAAAGUGACUUAGGGGCUCUGAGUCUAAAUAUGCUCCCCACCCCCCUCCAAAUUUUGAAAGAGUAGAAAAGCUCCUCCAGAGAUAUGAGGUUUACCUAUAUUAUAUAUACUCAAAUAAUAUUUAAAUAUCCCUGUUAUUUAUGAUUAUUAUUUAUAAUUAAAAUUAUUUAUAAUUAGUAUAAUUACAUAGGUGAUUAUUGAAAAUUCUCCACGCUGAUUGGUUGCCGUCAAGGCGAUUAUAACGCCAUAAUCACCUAAGCAAUUUUCAAAAUGGCGGCCGAAGCCGUUUUGUCAACUAAAUGACGAAGAAAUGUGUAUUUUUUAUUUUUUUCCAAAUAAUCGCCUAUGAAAUUAUACUAAAAACAAUUAUUAUUCACCUCGGGCUCCGUGAUUAUCGUGACUAAAAACCUUGACUUUGUCUCACUGAUAAUCACCUCGGCUUUGGCGAAUAAUUGUUAAUAUUAUUUAUAAUUAAUAUUUAAAUACCCCUGUUAUGUGGCUUGAAAAAGUUGUUGCAAUGCCGAGGUUUCCACGUGUCAACUUUUCCGUAGUAUCUAAUUUUUAGAAAUUUUCUUAGUAUCCAGUCAGGAUACAAGUUAUUCACAGUUUGGUAUCCAAAACCAAAUUUUUGGUAUCCUGUGAAUAUCGGGAUACUGCAAAUUUCAGAUCCUGAAAAAUGUUUUAGAAAAAUAUUUUAGAAUGGUUUUGAUCAUGGGAAAUAAUACUAUUCCCAGCAAUAGAAACACCAGGCGGAAAUCAAAUUAUAGUUCAAAAUAUUAUUGCCCAGCAAAUAAUUCGUAAAAGAAGCAUAUUCAAAAAACAUUUGGUACCGUAUAUAAAAAAAUAUUUAUGGAGUAACGUUUUGUCACAUUACAAGUGACAUCAUCAGACUAAAUACAGUUAAGCUAUUUCAUCUAUUUUAUAACAAAUUUUGAAAAAAAAAUAUAUGAUAUACAAUUACAAAUGGUUAAAAAGUUAAAAUUAGAAAUAUAAAAUGAAAUAGAUGAAAAGAAAGAUAAAAAUAGAUGAAAUAGCUUAACUGUAUUUAGUCUGAUGAUGUCGCUUGUAAUAUGACAAAACGUUACUCAAUAAAUAUUUUUUAAUAUAUACCAAAUGUUUUUUGAAUAUAUACCAAAUGUUUUUUGAAUAUGCCUCUUUUACGAAUUAUUUGCUGGGCAAUAAUAUUUUUUUAACUAUAAUACUAUUCCCAUUUGGAAAACCCAUCAAUUACCAUUAAUGGUCUUUCAUUUUUUUAAAAUGCUAUUAUGGGUUUUAUUGACAGUUUUCAAUAUAAUUUGAGUGGUUUUAAUGGCAAAGAAUAAACCAUUUAAUGGAUUAUACUAAGUUUAUUUUUUUCACAUUAAUGUUAUUGAAUUUUUAAACGGGAAUUAUCAAUGUACCAUUAUAGAAAUUACUUUUUCCAUUCGUGCGUUUUUAAAUUUUUUCCCUGUGAUUUUAGAUUAGUUGGCUAUAUCCACAAUGUCAUUGAGCCCAAGGUCUCAACAAACGGCUUCGACUCCCCCAAAUCGAAGACCAAACUGAAAUCACCCUCAGGGAAAUCUGGCAAAGCCAGCAAAUCUCCCAGCAAAACUCCCAGCAAGAUGGAUGUGGACGUUAUUGUUUUGAGUGAUGAAGAAAAUAAAGGCGAACGAUCAGAAGUAAAAAGUCCAACUACUUCAAAAAAGAAUUCGGCCUGGCCUGAUGCAAAGAGUUACGAGUACAUGGUAAAAUUAAAACGCAAAAAAAAUACUCCGUCCAAAACACCAGAGAUUAUUACAGUGAAACAAUCUUGCAUCAGGUAGGUUCAAAUCUAUGUAGUGAUUGACUAAUUACUGAUUAUUUAUCCCACAAUCUACCCGAUACUGGUUUUAUAAUGGCAUCAUAAUAUCAGUCAACCAAGUAAAGGUGACGUUAUUCAUGUUGAUUUUUUAAUUAAUGAUCAAUUGAAGUAUACGACCCCCGUAAAUUAGUUCACUAAAGAAUUGCGUCGUUCUUUGACAAUUAAACCCUAUUUUAUUUACUAAAGACACUUUUAAUUCAUGAACUAGAUCAUUCAUGAGCAAAAAUAAGAAGAACGAGACAGUUCUUUGGAGAAGUAGCUUAUGGGGGGGGGGGUCACAUACUUCAGUUGAUCCUAAUUUCCAACAUAAAAUGUAUCACAACCAAAGAUCGUUAAAACCAUCCAUAAAUGGCACGCUUCGCGCAUUAAUUUAACAUAUUGUGUUAAAAUGCAACGUGUAUGAACGUGCAAUGCAUAUAAUUUUUAAAGUGCGUAUUUUCUCAACAAUCGGUUUUGGACAAUCGGAAAUAUAUAUAAUUCUACCGAUUCCGAUUGUCUAAAAUUGACUAGAUCUAUGCUAUGUCAUGAUCUAUGUUAAUGAAAUGUAUUCCUGGGGCUGGGCACAAAAAUGCUGAAUUAUUAGCGCCAUAUCCUCAGGCAUAAAAAAAAUACCGUCCUAUGGUUCCGGUUCCCGACGACCCUAUUUUUUCUGCCGACCCUAUUAUUUCUGCCGACCGAUUUCAACCUGAUUGACCGUGCGACCCUAUUUUCUCCGGCUGGUUAUGGGCUGCUGCCAAAAUGGCAUCUGUUGUCACACUAAUUAUUGAAAAAACCAUAAAAAAAUAUUCAAAAAAAAAUUAUUUCCGACCUACCGACCCUAAUUUUUUCGCGAUAUGAAACCGGAACCACAAGUAUUUUUUUUACGACUCAGGAUAGUGAUGUUUUUCGAGCUUUCUACAGUGAUAACCAAGGUCUGAAAUUUGCAGUAUUCCGAUAUCCACUGGACACUACCUGUAAGAUUUGGUUUUGGAUACCAAACUGUGAAUGACUUAUAUCUCAACUGGAUAUUACAAAAUUUCAAACAUUAGGAUAAUGCUAAAUGUCUCUGGUUGUCUCCAAAUAGCUUUGAAUACUGUGAGUCUGCCUUCUUCAAAUUAACUGUAGCCUUACCUAAUUGUACAAUAUUUGACAAGUAUAGAUAUAAUAAAUAUUUGUUUUACAUUGUAGUCGUAAAAAAGGAACCUUCUCUCGUGAGAAACUCAAGUUAUUAUUAAGACUGACAUGCUGUCGGACCGGGCAUGGAAAUGAACCUGGAUACUGGAAAGUUAAAGUUAGUAUACUCAACAAGUCUAGACAAAAAUUUCAUCACAGCUUGAAAGAGCAUCACAAAAUUAGUAAUAUUGCAAAGUUUAGUUGCGAAAUGUUGUAAAAUGCGGAGAAUAUAGCCUUGCGAAGUUUGCAAUUUUCAGUCAUUUUGUAUUACAAACAGGAUAAAAUCAUUUGAUAUUGGUCAUAUACAAAAGUGCCCUUUUUGGCCAUUAUGCCCCUUCACUUUUUUAAUGCUUCCGCUGCCUCUGCCCUCAACAAAUUCAGUUAGGAUCAAUAUUACCUUUCCAAAUCCAGAAAAGGAUUUGUUUAGGAAAUAGCCACGCCCGCCCUUGUUUGCCAAGGCUAGGAGGGGCGUACACCUCUAGUAAAUCCAUCCCUGUUGUUGAAUGCAUCUACCCUCAAGCCUUGUAGAUCACUCCAUGGCUCUUUCUGAUAGUGUCAACAUUCCGUUUCAGGAUAAAUACCGGAAGAUGUUUGAUCUGUCAGCGGACGUAGAUGAUGCAAACAUCACUGUCGAGAAAACUUCAAAGAAACGAAAGAGGGAGGGAGGGGAUAAGGAGAAAAAGAAGAGAAUAAAGAAGACAGAUGAGAAGAAGGCUGCUGGUUCAGCACAAACAAAGAAAGAUAAAACGGUUAGAUUGAAAUUAUUAAGAGGCAAUUUUUUUUGAUGUCACAUAUUUUUUAUGAAACUUGUUCAAAACCUAAAAUCUUUUUGCUGUUCCUCUCAAAAUUACUUUGUUUUAGCUUUAUUUUGUAGUUUACACAGUUACCAACCUUAGUUUACUGUCGUUCCAAUUGAAGUGUUGCUCAAAUAUUGAUUCAAUACAUUACCUCGGGCUGACCAAUUCAUUUGAUCAAGUUCCUCGAGAUAUUCAUACACUUCCUGUGAAAGAGCCAAUUCCAAGUAUUUGAUCAUUUCUGGUCACUUCCUUUCUAUUUAUGAUUGGUUAGUUGCACAAACAACAAAGGUGAUUGGUGCAUUCAAACUAUUCAACAGGAAGUUUACAAUUAUACUAGGAAGUGUAUGAAUAUCUCAAGGAACUUGAUGAAAUGAAUUGGUCAGCCCAUGGUUAAUAGAAUUCUAUUAACCGUGGUCAGCCCGAGGUAAUGUAUUGAAUCAAUAUUUGAGCAACACUUCAAUUGGAACGACAGUAAAAACACAAAAUAAUAGUUAAAUAUUGUCAAUUUAACCCAUUAAGUGCCAGCGCUCUCCCCUUGACGAGUUAAAUCGUCUGGUGUUAGACAGAGUAAAAUACUAAAGUAGGGUGCAUCAGGGUGCAAUGGAACUCAAUGGGUUAAAUACAAUAAUCAUCAUUGAUGCUGUAAAAUUGACGUCAUAUUUAUACACCAUUAUAAGCAAAACUUGCUGAACUUCAGACAUCAUUUUCUCUUUGGCGUACCAUCUAAAAUCUCAUCAUUUUAGCAUUAUUUUACAGAUAAAGCACUAAACAUACUUUUUGAGUUUGUUUGCCGCUUGUGAAACGUAUCAAAAAUAAAAAAAAAUUGAACAUAGUCAUAACCAAGCAGAAAAGUAUAUUCUUUAGUUUUGAGCUUAGCAGGGUGUUCACGGGCCUUGAAAAUCCUGGAAAGUCCUUGAAUUGGAAAAAAAAUACCAGGACUGGAAAGUCCUUGAAAAUCAGUAGAAGUCCUUGAAAGUCCUGGAAUUAAUUUCCUUAACCUCCAGCUGUGCCAACAUAUUAAAUUAGUGAUUUUGAUUAAAAUUACUGAAUAAAGUGAAUUAUUUUCAAAGAUUUUUCCCAGUAGAGGUCCUUGAAUUUACUGUAAAGAGGUCUUGGAAGUCCUGGAAAAGUCCUCGAAUUUCACCUUCACCAAAGGAUGGUCCUGGGCCUUAGUUUCCUAGUAAAUUAACCCAAUGAUGUUAGACAGAGUAAAAUAAUUAUAACGUAACAUGCAUUAGGGUGCAACAAGAUCGACCCCAAGCAGUUUGGAUGCUUGAAAGGAACAUCCACAACCUAUUGUCUUUUAGACAUGAUCCACACUUGGUUGUGCAACUUAGAGUGUCCUGAAAAACAUCUUAGACUUUGUUUCCUUGACUUCGAAAAGGCGUUUGACCGUAUAGGACAUAAUUUACUAAUAUUAAAGCUGUUGGACCUAGGUGUUAGAUCGUCCCUGUUGCCUUGGAUUAUCAACUUCUUAACUAACCGCCGUCAUCGGGUCAAACUUGGAGGAAAAACGUCAGACUGGUUGCCAAUGAAUGCGGGUGUCCCCCAGGGAACUAAACUCGGUCCAAUUCUGUUUUUGGCGAUGAUAAAUGAUCUCGAUGUGAAACCACACGCAACGGAUAUUUGGAAAUUUGUGGAUAACAUAUCAACAUCUGAAAAUAUCACAAAGGGCAGCAACUCAAAGUUUCAGUUCUGUAUUGAUACUAUAAAUUCUUGGGCUUCGUGCAACCUUAUGAAACUUAACUCCAAAAAGUGCAAAGAACUACGCGUUUGCUUUCUGAGGGAAUCACCUGAUCUAUCACCAUUGUUGAUCGACGGUCAUGCGCUUGAGGUUGUGCGGUCUCAUAAAGUCCUAGGUCUGGUUAUCCAAAACGAUCUUAAAUGGAAUGCACACAUAGAAUCAGUUGUAUCCAAGGCUUCUAAACGUUUAUAUAUCAUCCGCAUAUUACGACGAGGUGGUGUCCCUGCGGAAGACUUAUUGAGUAUAUACUUUGCCUUAAUACGAUCGGUUCUGGAGUACUGUUGUGUGGUAUGGCAUCAUGCCCUACCUUUGUACCUCGCCGAUGAUUUAGAGCGAGUGCAAAAACGAGCGCUGAGGAUUAUUUUACCGGGUUACUCUUAUAGGGAAGCAUUAGCACAACUUGGGUGUUCCAGAUUGGAUGAAAGGCGAGAACGACAUUGCCUCAAUACUAUGAAACGCAUAGAAAUUGAAGGACCACUGUCAAAAUAUGUUCCACUGUCUAGGGCUAGUUCAAAUGAUUAUGAACUUAGAAACUCUAACACAUUAACAACAAUAAAAUGCCGAACAGAAAGAUAUCGCCGUAGCUUUUUUCCCAGUACAGUAGCUCUAUAUAAUAGUUAUAGUAAAGAAACUUAAGCGUGAUACUUAAUUACGAUGAUUUUAAUGCAAUUCAAUAAGAUUUUUAGACUUGAUGCAUGCAACUAAAUUUUUAUAUAUGUAAAUAUAUAGCGUACCAAUUUUGUAAACGCACCAUAAUUCAAUCUAUUGCGAAGGUGUGUAUCUUAAACCAUUAAUAAUAAUAAUAAUAAUAAAUCUUGUCUAGUUUGAAAUAGUUCCUCAUACUUUUCAAAUGUUUUUUCAGGAUGACAAGCCAAAAGUGGAGAAGGCGAAAGUUGAGAAACCAAAGUUGACUCCAGAAGAAAUUGAAAGAAUAAAGGAAGAAUUCAGGUUGAAACGAGAAAAAGAAAAAGAAUUAAGGAAACAAGAAAGAGAUAAGGUGACAUUUAGUUUCUGUUAAUGCAAUAAUGGAGGUUUUGACAGUUGAAAAACAAUUCCUAAAUAGAAUUGCUGUACUGUAUAUAAAAAUGCUGCCAUGGUUUGUGUCUGAACCACAUGGAAAGGAACUAAACACUUAAUUGUCCAAUCAAUCUUUGAUUUUAAGUUAAGAAGAAAAUAUAGAAUUGCUGUAUUGGGUCGUUCCAGAAACGAUCCACACUCUUCCCAAGGAGGAAAAUUCUGCUGUCUGGAGGGGGAGGGGAGAAAAACGUGUUUCUGAUAAUAAUAAGUGUGUUAUGUAGGACAUCUGAAGGAGGUAGGGGGUGUUCACCUUUUAAUUUCCUCUCUGGGGAAUGGUAUGAUGUUUUCUUGAAUGACCCAUUGAAUAAAAACCUGCUAUGAUAUGUGCAUGUCAGGACUCCAUGGCAAUAGAUCCAUUGCACUGACGUCACAAAUCCUUAGAGUGUCCUCCAGAUGCUCCCUAACAAUAUCUUUUCGGAUACAACAACCACAUACAGCGCAAAAGUUAACCAUUUUAAUACAAAAGUAUUAUAAAGUUUUACAAAAGUUAUAUUAUGUAUAGAUUGUUAAUUUGUCCUCCAGAUGCAUCGUCACCGGCGCUGUGACGUCAUGUGCAAUAGGUCUAUAGAAUAGACCUUUCCCUUUUAAGUGAAAUUUUGAUCUAGACAAGUCUGGACAAAAAUUUCAUCACAGCUUGAAAGAGCAUCACAAAAUUAGUAAUAUUCGAAAGUUUCGUUGCGAAAUGUUGUAAAAUGCGGAUAAUAUAGCCUUGCGAAGUUUGCCGUUUUUCAGUCAUUUUGCAUUACAAACGGGAAAUUGAUAAUCAGAUGAUCAAACUGAUUAUCAAUUUCCCGUUUUUAAUGCAAAAUGACUGAAAAACGGCAAACUUCGCAAGGCUAUAUUAUCCGCAUUUUACAACAUUUUGCAACGAAACUUCGGAAUAUUACUAAUUUUGUGAUGCUCUUUCAAGCUGUGAUGAAAUUUUUGUCCAGACUUGUCUGGAUCAAAAUUUCAUUCAGAAGGGGAAAGGUCUAUUACCAUUCAUUAUUCGAUCAUGUCUUCUGUUAUUUAGCUUGCGACAUCAGAUGGCAACGAAGGCGGACCGCAGUAUUUCAGACUACAUCAACUGGAAGAUGAAACUCGUUUUGUUGAUGUUUGUGAAUUGGAUAACUGCAAGAGGUUUCGUAUUCUACAGCUCAGAAACCAACAGGUAGAUUUUCUACAUUUUCUAUAAAAAAUCAUGGUUAAUAUGGAAUGCCAGAGAACUCCAAGGAGUUCCAUAAUCGUCUUUCAACUGAUGUUGCAACUUAGGACAUGAUUGAUGAACGAUUGAAGCCUAUAUUCAGGUUGCUGUUCAGUGAUUGGUUUACUACAUAGAAAAAACAAUACGUUUCCUCGCGUUGAAAGAGCACAAAUUUCUGUGGAUGUGAACAUAAAUAGAACAGACAUUUUUCGACCUUGCAAACCAUGUCAGACUCGGGGUUUUUUCCCAGACAAAUCUUACAAAUGAGUAUAAUUUGUUUAUCGUUUAAGGUUCCUGAGUUUCGAAAUUUCAAGGCAGUUCCUACUCGUGAUAAAGACAUUCCUGAUAAUGUCUUCCAGGUAUGUAGCCUACAUUGUUUUAAGAAAAGUUUCUGUUUAAUUUAUUUAAUAUUCGUUUAAUAUUCGGAUUCGGAAUCAAAGUGACAUCAAGUCAAAUAAAGAUUAAAAAUAAAAAUUGUAAAUCUGCUAUAUACUCAGAAUUUCACGUUGGUAUGAUCUUCAGGCAGUGUAUCUUAGAUUCAUUAAAUACUAGUUAAAACAUGAGCAGCCGAGUUUGUAUAUCAGAUAAAGAUCGGAUGCGAAUGUGUUAUCGUGCUUAAAAAACGAUCCAUCUUAUGAGUUCAUUGGCGAAGUAAUUUUAAAAAUAAAUAUUGUCUAAGCCGAGAAAAUCAAAGCUGAAGUUUAUGUAAAUCAGGACAAAUCUUUAUCCGAUUUACAAACAUGAGUUUUUAGGAGUUCUUAUUUGUAGUUGGCUGUAAAUUAUGAAGUGUUCCGGUUAUUUACAUUCCAUUUAUUAUACACAUUCUAGUUAAUUACAUUUAAUAUUACAUUUGGAAUAAGAGUAUAUCAUCUACUUUAAAAAGAACUUAAGGGUAUUGAAGUACAUUAAUAUUUGUUGAUUAAUUUUCGAAGGCGUAUGAGAAGAGGAUAGAUGGGAUAGAUGAGGAUGAGGCUGAGGAUGAUUUCGAAGUACAUCGUGCAGCAGUCACGAAAUUUCUUAACAAGGUUAGCUCACCAAUCUUUUAAUCAUCUGCUGCAGUGUUGGGGACACAGUGGUUAAUGUAUGUGUCUUUCAUCUCCGUGACUGGGCUUCGAUACUUCACUUUCUACAAUAUGCAUGCACUAUCAGUUGUGUGAUCAUACAGUAGUUUCACCUCAUGCAGUCGUGUGUGGGAAGCGUGUGUCCAGUUUGACUUUACCAAACACCGCAGGCUUUCUCCAAGUACUUCGGUUUCCUUCUGUAGUAACACUGGAUCAAUAAUGGAAGAAUUCAGCUAUCAUCCCACUCCUGUAAUCAAUUUCUUACUUAUUUCCGUUUUACCUAUACCCUACCCAGCUUUUGGCUACCGAAAUCAGCGACCCUGAUCUUUUUAUCUGAAUUGGAGAAAUGUUUUGCACCCAUUUCGUGGCGUUAGUUUUGUACAAGCUAGUGACUAAGCUAUAUAAAGAGUAUAACCUGUUUGUUUCAAAGAUUAUGGAACAUUUACAAAUGUUUGUGCCAUCUGUGCUGCCGUAAUUGACGAAGAGUGUCAUUCUUAUUCAUGAGCAUUUAUAACAAAAAAAACAGGUAUUUUUCCCUAGUCAUUGCUUUGAUUGAUUUAUUUGUUUCAUUUAUCUUAUAUAUAUAUAUAUAGGUCCGUCAUCAAGUGAUGGCCCGGUCGUUGAUAGCAAAAAGACAGCGAGAUUUACGAGACAUGGUGAUCGAGGAUGAAGUUCCAGAUGUGGGGUAAGAAACAGCUGAAACACAGUAAGAAUACUUGUUUGAGUACUUUUGGCUAUUCAGUUCGUUUCAAUCCAUUUGUACUUCUUUGUUUAUAGUUCUUUAGGAUUUCGUAUUGCACAAUUGCUCGCGCCAAGACGACCACUCAAGCCUGUGCGACGCGAGAGAAAAACUAUCGGUGCUCAGGUGAGCUUGGCAUAAUGGGUGAUUCCAGCUGUAGACUAAAUUUUGAUCAAAGCAAGAAGAACGAAAUCCAACACCACAGCUAGAAAGAGCAUCUUAGAAUGAGUAAAAUUGUGAAGUUUGGUUGCGAAAUGUUGUAAAAUGCGGAAAGUAUAGCCCUGUGAAAUUUGCAAAUUUUGUAUUAUUUUGUAUUACGCACGGGAAAAUGCACCACCUCGGAUCACUAAUUUUAAGAUGCUCCAUCUAGCUGUGGUGAUGGAUUUCGUUCUUCUUGCCUUGAUCAAAAUUUAGUCUAUAGCUGGAAUCACAGAAUAAAGAUUAGUAACAUGGCCACUCAGCGGUGCAACGUGUCCUCGUUUUUUUUAUGCAAAACUAUGCAGUUUACUGGCCAGAAGGCGGAGCAGCCAGCCAGGACAGCGUGUUUAUUGGCCAGAAAAUGUCAUUGACUGUCUGACUGGCUAGGAAAAUGACGGCCAACAUGCGUAAUGCGACAUGCGCGAGGACAGAAACUUCAAAGCUUCCGACGUAAGUGGCCCUUCUAUAUGGAUCUUUAUUCUAUGGCUAGAAUCAUCCAUUGGAGAAAUUCAAACCUCAAAAACUUGGUUUCCUGAAUUUUACUCCCGAUGUACUGUAGCCUUUUAUAUCUAUUUUUCAAUCUUUUGUAUAGAAUUUAUCGGUCACAAGUGUUCGUAUUCUUGUCAAUGUCGUGCGAGCUUUUGAUAUUCCUGUGAGAAUAGUUCAGCCUCAAACCGCGUAAGUGAUAUUUGAAAUGUAAACCCAAGAGCUUGAUCGAUUUCAGCCAAAAGCCCAAAACUCUAUUCAUGCCGACUUGCUGUAAAACGGUUUCUAAAAUAAAAAACUUUUUUGUUUUUCUUAUUUUAGUUCCCAAGCCUUGGAUCCAAGGAGUACAACGCGACUAACAGAAGCUAGUACUGCUGCGUCAUCAAUGUUUACGACAUCCAGUAUGCACGGCGGGAAUGCACCUCAAAACAGACCUGUUGGAGCUAGAACCAACCCGCUUGGGGAGGUAGGGUGACUUCUCUUUUGAUGCAAAAUUUUGAUGGCAAUUAUUGCUGACUUUUCCUAAGCACUAUCGUAAGCACUGCAGUCAUCAACCUGAGUGAGAAAACAAUGCUAAUUUUUUUGGUCCUGACAGGGUGGGUUGGGUAAUGUCCCAAACUGACCCUUUCACCGUAGCUGUGCUCCGUGAUAAGACACGAGUCAUAACGUGGCUGCCAGAGGCGCCCUUAGAAGGCUUAGAAGGCCUUCGACUCGAUCAGCUUGAAGGCCGUACAGUGUAAUUCAACUUAGCUUUCAACGAUGAUUGACACACACCCACUUACUACUACAUUACUACAUUCAUUACUACAUCCAUUACUUCAGUAGUCUUCUGGUGGUAAAUCAAUGGAAUUCGAGAGAUGUAGUUUAACUUGAUUGACACUAAAGGCCCAUCUCCAGUCAGGAAAAUUUUCCGCAGAAAGAAAAUUUUGUAAAAUGUGAUUGGCCGACACAAAUUUUCCGUCGGAAAAAAAUUUGAAGUUGAAAAAAAUUCAACUUUUAACAAUGUUUUUCUGGGAAAAUUUUCUGUCCGUGGAAAAGCGUGUUGUACAAGCCUGGACACCGAAAAGCAUGUUGCUCAAGCCUGGUUUUCUGACAUAAUUUUGGGUUUUUUAAAUAACUGUAAUAACGUGCUUCUUAAUAACCUGCAUGAUUACCAGAGUGUAAAUUUUUGUUGUUUAGCCAAUGGUUCGACCUUUUGUUGAAGUGGUCUUUCAAGGGAAUUUCAUCAGAACAACCGUUGCAGAUGGUCCAAACCCAAGUUGGAACGAAGAACUAACGUUACCAUUCGUGUAAGCAUUUAUAUAAUGCGUCUUUAUUUAUAAUGGAUAGUUCUAAAAAUUCGUAGAACUCCAAUAUGGGCUAUUGCUAGCCCGAGUAUCAGGCCCUCGAGUUGAGUCAAACUGGAAGGCAGCACUCUUCUCACAUGCGGUAAAAUUGUAAUCUGUAUAGAAGGGUUUUGUGUAUAGAAAUUUACAAAACCCUUCUACAGAUUACAAGGAUUACAUUUUACAAAACCUUUCUAGGCUUCUACGGAUUACAAUUAUCAACUGUAGAAGGGUUUUGGGUAUGGAAAUUUUCGAUUGUGAAUUUUAAACAUUUGUUAUAGAUCUAACCAGGAGCAGUUGCAAAAAAUACAACUAUAGGCCCUCGAAUAUAGGCCCAGGAAUCGAACCUGCGGACCUGCGAUUCCGAUGCAGCGCUCUAACCAACUGAGCUACAGAGGCCAGUUGUCGAGCUCUAACCACAAGUUCGUGUAUAAAUACUAAGGGAUGCCAGGAGUCGAACCUCUCUGACAUGCAGAGGGAAAAGGCACAUGUUCUACUAAUAGCUUUGUUGUGUUCCAGGCCUCCCAAUGAUGACUAUUCCCCUAGCAAUCUUCAAACAGUGAAUGACGUCAUUUAUCUCAAUGUCUUUGAUGAAGUCGUCGUCGAUAUUUUGGAGGUAUGAUACUUUUAUGUACUCAGGUGAAUAUAUUUGUUAUGUUACCCACACCGGGUAAGUAUGAUGUUACUCUGAGUGUGCAUUCCCACCGUGGUCAGGCAAACUUUUCAGCUUGCCUGGUGUGGAUGCACAUUCAGAUUAACAUCACAAACAUCAUUUUGGAGGUAAUUAUACAUCAAAUUACACUAUGAACUAUUUCUCCCUAGGAUGAACAGCAGCGUGCCACAAACAUCCAUCAACGUUUAGAAAGACAUUGGCUUGGCAGUAUUGAACUGCCGUUCUCCACUGUUUAUUUCAAUACGAAGGUUUGUUCAUUUUACCUCUUUGGUUUGAAAUCUAGCUUCCAUUCAGGUUUAUGAACAUGGCAAUAUAGUAUCGAAUGAUAUAUCUCUACAAUCAGUUGAGACUGAUUUCCAUACAGAAUACUCUAGACCAGUUAGAUCCAGACUAUUUCACAUUAGUGACCAUGACUUAGGCACGACAGCUCCAGGCUUAAUAAUUGAUCCCAGUAUUUUCAUAUUUCUCUACAGGUUGAUGGUACAUUCAAGAUCAGUGCACCAGCAGUACUUCUGGGUUACCAACACAAUCAGCCUCGAACUCAUGGUGCACCUGAUAUUGGUAUCGGUGCACGUGAUCAGACAUUCUUAACGUUGUUUGUGACCAUAGAACCACCAUUACAGCCAUCACAACCACUGUCUGAAAAGGUAGCGUACGUCAUAUAUACAACAUUCAACCCUGUUGUAUCGGAUGUGCAAACUCUCGUAGAAUGUCAUUAGAGAAGGAAACUGUAAUACCUGGACAAAACAAAAUUAUAAUCAGAUUGCAUUGUCUUUUUUAAGUUUGAAACUUCUGAAGAUGAAACAUUGAUACACAGUGCUUACAUUUGGCAAGAGGAAUUAAAAAAGAAGUUUCCAAAACGGGAAUUUAAGGUGAGUUAAUGUUUUGGGGGAUUUUUUGUGCAAGUAUCUUCUAAUAUUCGCUCCCUGUAAUUUAGAUACAUGUAUGUAUCAAAGUAUUUUCUCUUGUCAGGUUCUUGCAACGGAUCUGAAUGGUAAGAAAGUAUUCUUGACAAGAUACAUCAGAGAACAAAAUCUUCCUCCGGACUUUGGGUUUGAUCCUACUAACCCUCCUCCUAACGCUAUGGUGAGUCUGUUGCGGACCCCAAAUAUGAUUUUUUGCAUGUGUAUAUUUCAUAUUUGGGUCAUUCGAAGAAGAAAUGUAAUAUAUCUUUAUAAUAAAAAAUUCCAUCUUGAUCAACUUUUUCACUGUCAAAGUUUCCGGAUAUGAUGUCAUUAGGUGAAUUGCAAAUUAGUUUUCCUUUAAUAAGUUCUUUGUACGUUUGCAUGGCAAUAAAACAUAUAAUAGUUUUGUUUGUGGAACACCACGUAAAUUUAUUACUGCAAAGCUUUCGAUCCGUGAGCCCGGAUCUUCAUCAAUGCUAAUAAUAUGUGACUUGUUCAAUUCACGCGCCCUUUUUAUAUACAAAAGUGUCGUGAUCUGUUGGCUCGCGUCAUCAUGCAUGUUAGAUCGAAAGCUUUGCAGUAAUAAAUUUAUGUGGUGUUUCCACAAACAAAACUAUUAUAGUUUUCCUUUGUUUUUUGUACCAAAAAUUCACCUAAUGACUUUAUAUCUGGAAACUUUGACAGUGAAAAAGUUGACCAAGAUAAGGUUUUUUACUAUUAAUGUAUAUUACAUUUCGUAUAUAUUACAUUUCACAUAUAUUACAUUUAGGAUGUCGCCUGUCGCUAUGUGUCUAUGAUUCCUUACAUCUCAGAUUCUGUGGCAUUUCCAGAUCUCUGCGAUUUGUGGAGUACGUCUGAUGUAAGUAACUGACGUUUACGUCUGACGUAAACGUCUGUGUAUAAGCGCAUUAGAUCAUACAGUAUAUCAGUGUUAUUUUGCGCUAUAUAAAUAUUAAAAUUAUAUAAAAAUUAAUUUGUCCUAUAGUUUUAGUAUUGUUAAAAAAAAUAGUAGUCUGCAAAUAUUUAUUCAGAAGACUAUUGAAUAUUAAUUUAUGUUCUUUUAUUUAGCAAUUUCUCCAGAUGUUAGCUGGUGACGAGGAGGAGCAUGCUGUAUUAUUGUGUAACUAUCUUUUGUGGCUUGGCAAAAAAUCUUGGCUCGUCAUUGGAACAGGAAUACCAGAGGGUAAAAGAUAUUUACAUGCUGCAACUUGUCAUCCAAUAUCUCUGACACAGAGUUAUUUAAUUACUGGUCAAUUUUUAUGUAAAGGUUGUUCCAAAAAGUCCGAUACAGUCAUGAUAUAGCAAUAUUGUUACAACCUUGUGUGAUCAACCUUGUAACAUUCAUGUUAUAUGAUGCCUGUAUCAGACUUGUUAGAACAACCUUAUAACAAGUCUGAAUGCCAUCAGGUUACACGUUGUUAACAGCUUGUUCCAAACUUGUUACAACAACUGGGAGCAAGCAGUGCGGACACAAGUUGUCGACAGCUUGUGAACAGAUUUUUCAACAACUUGUUUGCAGACCUGUAACAACUUGUGCGUUUUUACGUGUGAACUUGAUAAAAUAACAGAUUGUUACAACUUGUUGACAACCUUGCUACAAGCCUGUUGCGAACGCAUCUUAUUGACAAGUUGUAAGAUUCGUACAUGUGUACCCUAAACAUUAUGGUCCUAACCAUAUUCGAAAUUGUGUCACAUGCAAAUGUAGCCUGCAUGGCAGGCGGUCUAAAUCCAGGCUUGCCCGAUUUUAGGUACCGCCUGCCAUACAGGCUAAUGCAAAUGUUGCGGCCUCACCGAGGUCCCUGUAUUGAUUGUGGAUCCAGUGUAGGUAGCAUUCGACAUUCAACCACAGAAUAGAGACUAUACAGAAGUCCGACUUUUUGGUUUUUCCUUUGAUUUUGGCGUAACCGUAAUUCCUCAUCAAAUGCAGACGCCAUGGUCCUAGCCAGUACGCUUAUGAGAGGCAUUCACCCCCCUGAUAAAAUUCAAAAUGAUGGAUGUCCAGGCGGUGAAUAUCUGUCAUGGCGUUCGCAUUUAGAUGACGAAUCAUGCAUGUCAUGGCAGCGGUUAUGCUUUUUUGGCUGGGUCGACCUUCUGUGUGUCUUUAUUCUGUGAUUAAACUGUCGUGGUAGAGGAAAUUGUGAUAAUUUACUGCUUCGCUUAAAGCGGUUUUUUUUAACUUUUCAUGUUCAGAUACAAAGCACAGCAGCCAAACUUUAUGCAUAAUAUAUUUGUUUGCUUGUAAAGGUUCAACGACAUACGUAUUAUCCAGCCAGCAAGGUGUCUAUCAAUUAUGGAACGCUCACACUGGGGAGAAAUUUUCUGUUAACGAUGCUUACUGUCCGCUACAAAACAUCGCUUGUUUAAUCAAUAGUGAAAAUGUGAGUAUAUUGUAACACCGGACCUCUAGGGAGGAUAGAGAUAUCCAAUAUAAGUGUGAUGCAAUUCACUUUAGUUGUGUAUUUCCUCCUGCAGUGACAUUGUUCCAAUAAGUAAUCAUCUUAUAGGGCUGUGCAUGCUAUCUAGUUUAAAUAAAGUUAGGUUAGUGUGGUGGUAUUUUUCUGUAGUAACACUGGAACAAUAAAUAAUGGCUCUUACUGGCCCUCUAUAAGGAGAACAGUUUAGAACUGAUAGAGUUAUCCAGUGUAGUAUAAAUAAAGUUAGUCAGUUUAGGUUUCCUCCUGCAGUAAGACUGGAUAAGAGAUGAUCCUUACUUGACCUCUAGUCCUCCAGGAAGAACAGUUUGAACUGAUAGAGCGAUUCAGUAUAAAUAAAGUUAGUUUAGUUUAGGUUUCCUCCUGUAGUAAUACUGGAAGUGAUGGCUCUUAUACUGGACCUCUAAGGAGAACAGUUUAAAAAUUAAACAAUAUAAAACUAUCCAGUGAGGAUAAAGUUAGGUCAUUGUUGGCUUUCUUCUGUGUAACACUGGCCUACUGAAGCUCUGAGAAGAGGAGUUCAGACAAAACUGAUUAUUAGAACUGAUUGAGCUAUCCAUGGUAUAAAUAAAAUUAGUUAGUUCAGAUUUCUUACUGUAGUAACACUGGAUAGUUUAGAACUGAUUGAGCAAAUAAAACUAUAGUUAGGCCAUUAGGAAUUUCUUCAACAUUUUAUGUGUUCUUUGCACUAGAUUUGGGCGAAUGUUCAGCAGUCAGGUCAACCAUAUCGGAUGUCGUUUGAUCUUACCAAACCUAAACUAUGGAGACCAUUUUUCACAAGAAAGUAUCCAAACCCAGGGUUGAGUAGCGUACAGGUGAGAGGGAGCAAAAUGUCUUUGUUAAAUAUUGCGGUGUUGUGCUUCUUUUUUCUCUACCCUUCGCGUUUGCAUGGGACGCAUGAUGACCAGGAAAAUUCCAGCAAGCGGUUAACACGUAUACAAAUCCCUGUCUGACCAAAUGGUGCCGUACGAAUUCCCGUCCGUUAACAAUGUAAACGUGAUAUGAUAUGAUAGCAAGCUCAGAAAAGACUUAACUCACAUGACGCAAGGAUGACGCACAUCAAUCCAUGCUUGGCAUCGGAGGUGCAGAAAUUAUCGCAACCUGGGAACCUAGUUCACAGAAUUUUUUUAGGAUCUACUUUUUGCAGAAGUUUUCACUGAUAUUUUUUAUGUUAGAUAGCUAAUUCUGAAAUUUAGACUGAUCGAAUAUCAAAAUUACUUAACACCUGAUUAUUUAAAUGAUUGAAUACCUAAUUAAUCUAUACUUUAUACUCGAUACCUAAAUUACUUUUUUAUCCAGAAACCACUCCUGAACUACACAAGAACCGAUCCACAAUACGUUAUUGAACUACAGGAAAAGUAAGUGCGACCCUUGACAAUCAGUUCUGUGUGCAUUCCCAAUUUUUUAAUUUCGAUUCUUGGGUUGAUCCGUUCUUUAUACUUUCAUACCAAUUUCAAUAAUACUUCUCAUUUGCCCCAGAAUUGAGAGACUGCUUCGAGAUAAAAUAAUGGAAUGGAGACCACGUUAUGUGACAAGAUGGAACAGGUUUGAUACUUGAAAGUUAUUGAAUUGUUAAUUUGCGUAAGAGUUAUCUCUUAUUGAUCCAGUGUUACUAUGGCAGGAAACCUAAAUUAAACUAGCUUUAUUUAUACUGGAUAGCCCUAUCAAUUCUAAACUGUUCUUCCUAGAGGUCCAGUAAGAGUUAUCUCGUAUUGGUACAGUGUUAUUACAGGAGGAAACCUAAAUUAAUCUAUAACUGCAAACCACUGAGAAUGAUUCCCCAGCUACGCUUAAACUAUUUCUGUAGAUUAACAAGUUUCUUCUUUAUGCCUUUGCGUUUAGAUACUGUAACAGUUGUUACUACAGCAGGAAACCUAAACUAAACUAGCUUUAUUUAUACUGGAUAGCCCUAUCAGUUCUAAACUGUUCUUCCCAGAGGUCCAGUAAGAGUCAUGUCUUAUUGGUACAGUGCUAUUGCUCUAAACUGUUCUUCCUAUAGAGGUCCAGUAGAGUCAUCUCUUAUCGGUACAGUGUUAUUACAAGAGGAAACCUAAAUUAAACUAACUGCAAACCACUGAAGAUGACCCACCCCCCUCUACACUUAAACUCUUUUUGUAGAUUAACAAGUUUCUUCUUUUACCUUUGCGUUUAGAUACUGUUGUCAGUCAUUUCGUGAUCUAUUAGCCAAGUAAGUACAGGGUAUAUGAGGCAGCGUUUACACUGUACCGUUUUCGUAGCGUUCUCGUAUUGUUCUUAAUCCUCAAGGGAACGCAAGACAAUAGUCUAGUUCUCUCGAACAAUACGAGAACGCUACGAAAACGGUACAGUGUAAACGCUGCUUUAAUUAAUACCUUUGCGAAGGCAGAAAACUUUGAACGCUUUCCUCAAAUAAUGCCGCGUCCGAAAUGCUAAACAUUUGAAGAGCGCCGCGGUGCUUUGACGGGCAAAUACAGUAACCAGAACUAAUUCUUUGUAUAGGAUAGACAAUGAUCACGCGUGUUGAGUGAGAUAUAGACUCUCCAGAAUUAGUUGUAGACGUGAUUUUUAUAAAGGGUCACUAAGGGCGCUUUCCAGUAACACGGCCAGACCGGUCAGAACGGUCAAAUUGUUGAAUGAAACACAAAACAUUUGGGCUUUGGACCUAUCUGGCCGGAAAAUUUGGAUAACAUUAGAGUGAUGUCCAUUUUCGCUAGAUAUUUGAGAAACAUAGACCAAAUCUUUCCAUUGAUACAGAGAAAAGAAUUCAGGUCUGACCUGUCAGGCCAUUAAAUGGAAAGCGCCCUAAGAGACACUCUGUAUAGACCCACUGUAAUACACCCUUUCGAUAAUAACGUCAUUUGGGCCUGGGAGCCUCGCUCUCAUGAAUUGUGAGCCAAUCACCUUGUAUAAUUUACUAAUGAGAGCGAGGCUCCAAGAUAAAAAGGAUGCGUGACGUAAUUGUCGAAAGGGUGUAGUGCUAUAUGAGACAGUUCAUGGGAUAUAGAGCAUACGAAUACUGUAUUUUGAUUGGCUGAGUGGGUGUGAUCAUGUUCUAAUUGUUGUAUUUAGUAUGGAACAAACAUAUCGACAACGGACAGCGCAAGAUCACAAAGCAGAGCUGGAUCAAAUACUUUCUUCGUAUAAGGUAAUCUUAUUUUAA